ACAACCCUGUUAACCAUCUGUCAGCGCGACGUGACGCUAAUAGCACGGAAAAAUUAGUGUUUAACUAACUAAAUUUAAUUAGUUAAUGCACAAACGUUGCGCGUAAAGGUAAAUAAGAUGGAUCUGCAAGAAGUGCAAUGAAAUAACUGCGCGAAUCGUGUUUUUGGCGACGAAAAACGCAAUACACCAUCGUCCGUGCAUGUCAAAGAGUUAACCGUCAAUUAAAAUUCCGUGAAGCCAGCCAGCCAGUCGUAUGUGUGUGUGAGAGCCGAAAGUGUUGUUAAAGCUAAAGAAUCUAAAUCAAGUUUAACAAUAAUAUUUAUAUUCAAAUAUUCAAAUUCAUUCAUAGAGGCGGCAACUGAAAAUUCCACGAACUAUUUUCGUGUGUCGUCGUCCGUCAACGCUCUGCUCGGUCAGCUUGGAGUAUAAAUUUUUAAUUGCUCCGCGUUGCUGAAGCGGCUGCAGAGAGCCAUUUUGAUAGAAACAACAACAACAACAGCAUCAUCAUCAGCAGCAGCAGCAACAGCAGAAAUGUUAAAAAUUCUUAACAAAAGCCAGACCUAAAACAGCCAUAAUACUAAAAUAUAUAUUUACAUGGCUAAAAUAUUUUGUGCGGUGUCUUCGCUAUCGCCGACUUUGCGAGAAAUAUAUAUGUAUGUACACAUUGUUUAUAACGCAAAUGAUGUGGCUUGUGUGAAGAAUUUUUGCGAGUGAUAAAAGAAAUAAAGAAACCGGCGCAAACAAAGCGUCGAGCCUACAAGCGGCAGCAUGCAAACACAUUUAUCUUUAUUGAAAACAACAAUAGUGAGAGCAACAAAACCAACAGCAACAAUAGCAACAGCCUUAACAACAAUCAACAAAAUACCAUAAGCACACAUGCAUAAAUACUAUGUAUGUUUGUAUAUAUGUAUGCCCUAAACAAAGUCGUUCAUUAUAAUAAUACGAGAAAAUACAAAACUUAAAACGUUAAAUACAUAAAUCAAGUGCAAAAUGCAAAGAAUCGCUUGACUCCGAAAAAUUAAAAAAUAAAAAACCACGCUAGACUUUAAAAAAAAAGCAGCAACCAGAAAUCAGAGCAAUAUUCUUCUACAAAAUAUUCAUCCAUAAAUAACAAAUAAAAUUAAUAAAUAAAUAAGGAGAGGAGAAAUAAUAAUAAAACGAGAUUAUUGCUGUGCACUAGUAGUAGUGUGUGUGUGCGUGAUCGUGUGUGUGCGUGUGUGUGUGUGUGCGCGUGUGUAAGUGUCGACAACUCGGUGGUGUGCAUGAGUAUUUUGUGAUAUGAGUACUAUAUAUCACAAACUGAAGCAGCAGAAUGCAUCCAGCGGGCGAAAAAAGGGGGGGUCGCCCCAAUGAUAAAUACACAGCGGAAGCGCUGGAGAGCAUUAAACAGGAUCUAACCCGAUUCGAAGUACAAAAUAAUCAUAGAAAUAAUCAGAGCUACACACCACUACGCUACACCGCCGUAAAUGGCCGCACCGAUGCGUCCGACUACCAGCACUCGAAGCCGCCGAUGGAGCCGCCACCUUCGGCGUCACCCUCACCCGACGUCGUUGUGGCGGCCAACGGACAUGUGCCAAAGAUGAUGAAUGUGCUCAUACCGCCCAAGCUGAUUCGUAAGCCGAGCAUUGAGCGGGAGACGCACUAUUUGCGCAGCAGUCCUGCUAUGGAUUCGGGCGCUGGCAGCUCACGGUCGGACAGUCCGCACUCCCAUCAGCAGAUUAACAGUCGCGCCACCACCGGCCAGUACUCGCCAUCCCCGUCGAGCUUCAGUGAUGCGGCACCGCCAGCGCCACCACCGCGUAAUCACACAGCCGGCAGCUCAGCGACACCGCCACUGCCACCAUCCAAUCCGGCAUAUAAGCGUCGAUCGCCGGCGCUUUCGCGGCCAGCGCCUGCAAUGGCUAUAGCGCCGAGCACCACACGUGGCACCUCUCCGGUGAUACCACAGAACGGUAUGAAGGCGCAGCAACAGCUCACGCAACAGAUGAAGGCGAUGAACAUGUUUCCAGGUGCAGUCAGUGGUGCCGUGGUUGAGCCACCGCCGCCAUAUCUCAUCAACACGGUGGUGGUGAGCACAGCACCACCUCCCCCCAGCUACACAGCAUCGAUGCAGUCACGUCAAUCGCCCACACAAUCACAACAGUCGGACUAUCGCAAGUCGCCCAGUAGUGGCAUUUAUUCAGCCACCUCGGCCGGCUCCCCGAGCCCCAUAACGGUCACAAAUAGCAGUGGCAUGUUGCCAUUAAGCUCCAGCAGCAGUGUGGCGCGUCCACAGCCACGUACCUAUCAAGCACGCACCCAACAGCCGAUCAUAAUGCAGAGUGUCAAGUCGACACAGGUGCAGAAACCUGUGCUGCAAACCGCUGUGGCACCACAGUCACCGGUAACCGCCUCAGCGAGCAAUUCACCGGUGCAUGUGCUCUCUGCACCACCCUCCUAUCCACAGAAGUCUGCUGCGGUGGUGCAACAGCAACAACAACAGGCGCAGGCAGCAGCUGUUGCCGCAGCCGCUGCCCAGCAGCAUUCACCGCUGCUGGUGCCGACGCCAGUAACGGCAGUUAAACCACCCACACCCACCACACCACCACUGCUGGCGAAUCCGCUGAAUGGAAAGCCUGCUUGCAUGGAACCACCCUCCUAUGCCAAGAGCAUGCAGGCGAAGGCAGCCACCGCCCAACAACACCAACAUCAGCAGCCGCAACCACCGCCGCAGCAACAGUUGCAGGCUCUACGGGCACUACAACAGCAGCAGCAACAGCAGCAACAACAUCAGCAGCUGCAACAACAGCAAUUACAACAACAACAGCAGCAAUUGCAGCAGCAGCAGCAGCAGCAACAACAACACCAACAGAAACCACCGUUGCCACUUAACAACAAUGGCAACCCCAAUAGGCAGCUACCCCCACCACCACCCUACCAGAGCGCACGUGUCACCACUCCCGAGCUCAAUCAGACCAACAACAACAAUAAUAACGUGCCGGAGAGCAAGCCCAGCAUGAGCAACAACAACAACGUGCAGAUCAGCAACAGCAACCUAGGCACCACACCACCCAUACCACCUGCCAAGCUCAGCACCGGCAGUGGUGGCAGCGGCGGCGGCAAUGGCAAUAGCUCUGGCGGCAGCAACGGCUCCUCCUCCUCCACCGCCGGCGCUAUGGCGGCCUCAGCAGCAAGCUGCCAAAAGAUUAAGCAUGCCUCUCCCAAACCGCAGCGAAAGAUAAUCUCCAAGGAGAAGGAGGAAGAGCGCAAGGAGUGCCGCAUACGUCAGUACUCGCCGCAGGCCUUCAAAUUCUAUAUGGAACAGCACAUUGAGAAUGUCAUCAAGUCCUAUCGACAGCGCACGUUCCGCAAGAAUCAGCUGGAAAAGGAGAUGAUCAAGGUUGGACUGCCCGAUGAGACGCAAAUCGAGAUGCGUAAGAUGCUCAAUCAGAAGGAGAGCAACUAUAUCCGGCUGAAACGGGCCAAGAUGGACAAGAGCAUGUUCGUGAAAAUCAAGACCAUUGGUGUGGGUGCGUUUGGCGAAGUAACGCUGGUGCGUAAAAUCGAUACUUCAAAUCAUCUAUAUGCGAUGAAGACGCUGCGCAAGGCGGUGGUGUUGAAACGGAAUCAGGUGGCUCAUGUGAAGGCGGAACGUGAUAUUUUGGCCGAGGCCGACAACAACUGGGUCGUCAAACUCUAUUAUAGUUUUCAGGAUAAGGACAACCUAUACUUUGUGAUGGACUAUAUUCCCGGUGGCGAUCUGAUGUCUUUGUUGAUCAAGUUGGGCAUAUUUAAGGAACCACUGGCUCGUUUCUAUAUUGCUGAGAUUACCUGCGCGGUGGACAGUGUGCACAAAAUGGGUUUCAUUCAUAGGGACAUCAAGCCUGACAACAUACUAAUCGAUCGUGAUGGGCACAUCAAACUGACCGAUUUUGGUCUGUGCACAGGCUUUCGCUGGACUCAUAACUCCAAAUAUUAUCAGGAGAAUGGCAAUCAUUCGCGCCAGGACUCGAUGGAACCUUGGGAGGAAUACCUUGAGAAUGGCAGGAGGCCAACUGUAUUGGAGAGACGACGCAUACGCGAUCACCAAAGAGUACUGGCACACUCGCUGGUCGGCACACCCAACUAUAUAGCGCCGGAGGUGCUGGAACGCAGCGGAUAUACACAAUUGUGCGACUAUUGGAGUGUUGGCGUCAUUCUCUAUGAGAUGCUGGUGGGACAGCCUCCGUUCUUGGCCAAUACGCCGCUGGAGACGCAACAGAAGGUCAUCAACUGGGAGAAAACACUGCAUAUACCGCCAGAGGCUAAACUAACACAUGAGGCCAGCGAUCUUAUACGUCGCCUGUGCGCCUCCGCUGAUAAGAGAUUGGGCAAAAGCGUCGAUGAGGUGAAGGGUCACGAGUUCUUUAAGGGCAUUGAUUUUGCGGAUAUGCGCAAACAGAAGGCUCCAUACAUACCUGAAAUAAAGCAUCCUACGGAUACAUCCAACUUUGAUCCCGUUGAUACGGAGAAGCUGCGCUCCAACGACUCCAACAUGAGCAGCGGCGAUGACAUCGAUAUGAAUGACAGGCAAUCCCAUGGUUUUUACGAAUUUACCUUUAGAAGAUUUUUUGACUGGCAGCACGCAGACAUGACGGACGAUCAGGCGCCGGUCUAUGUUUGAACAGCUGAACCGAACCGUCUACAAUCAUUGGCAAUACUUGUUAGUCAAAUAGUCACAAAAAAAAAAAAAACAAAUUUAAAAAAAAAAAACCCUAAGAAAAAUCUGCAUAUUGUUGUUAACAGAGCGAUAACAGCGCGUUAACAGCGGCGCUGUUAAGCAGUUUUAAAAGCUACAUACUAUAUAUAUAUAAAUAUAUUUUUUAGUGCUCUUUUUAGUAGAAUUUGUUUAUCAAACAUGUCUAGAAUUUUUUAUUGGAUGUGACACAAUGGCAAGAACUAAAACUCAAUACUAUUUAAUAAAUUAUACAGAAAGGAGAAGUGAAACAAAAACACACGAUAUAUAUACAUAAUACAUAUAUGCUUGAAAAGCAUGAACUGAAUAAAUUAAAAUGGAAAACAAAUAACAAAAAUAAUAAUGAGUCAUAACUUUUGAUUUGCUGUAAACUAGUAAUUUGUAAAAUCUACAAAUAUAUGUAUACAUAUGUGCAUAUAUAUAGAUUAUGUAAUAGUUAUAUAUCUAUGCUGAUAAAUGACGAUGAUGAUGGUGAGGAUAAUUGAAUGAUGCAGAAAAUAAUGUGCAUGUUAAUUUUUAUGUAAACUUGAUGGAACCAAUUUCUGGUGCUCAAAUGCUAUACAUACGCCUUAAACGAAAUAUGAAAAGAAAAUACCUAUGAGAAACCUGAUAAGAAAAGCGAAUUUAAACCUAAAAACAACUUUCACAAUCACACUAAAAUACUGGACCAAUUAUUUAUAUUGGUGGCAACUAUUUCAGCAGGCUGAUUAGUUGGGCCACUACCCUCUUCUAAAUUGCAAACCUAUGUUUGACAAACAACGACCACAACAAAUAACGUACAAUGACCAAGAAUAACAACAACAACAACCACAACAAGAAUAACUACAACGCGUACAGACAGCAUCGCACUAAGUUAGCGAUAUAAGCGGGUCUUAUAAGCCUACUCUUCUACAACUCAAAACUAGCUACUGUUAUGCCCGCGGGCGCGCUUCCCAUUAUCUAUCAACUCCACAUCUAUCACUGCUUAUUGUACUAUGUAAUUUCUAAUUGGGAAGCGCCCCCCUUGAAAGAACAAACUAUAAUAUAUAUAUAAAAAAAUAUACUAUGGUAUACCCUAUUUAUAAUUUGUAAGACGAACUUGUUGUUGAAUGCCAAAUCAGAUUGUUUUUUAUAAAGUUCAACAGAAAUUCUCUAAAAAAGAAAGCAACAAACAAACAAAAAUUCAUAUACAUAUAAAAACUAUAUAUACAUAAUGUAAACGUUGAAGUAAACUGUAAAAGUAAAUUUUAUAUACGAGUAUAUGCAAUACAUUUUUAUUUAUCAAUAAACUGUUAGCGCUAAGAUGUUUUUUAGUUUAUAAACUUCUAACCAUAAUUUAGUUUAAUUCUAUUCUGUAAGCAAGAGUAACAAUUUUUUUGUUUGUCAUAUAAGUUCGUUGAAAACUGAAAGGAAUUUGAAAAAAGUGCAUGUGGACGAGCGCAGAAAUUGAAAAAAUUUUAUAAAGAAAAGCGCCUGAGUUUGUUUUGAAUGUGCGAGAAAAGUGAGAGGAAAACUAAUUAAAUUAAUGAAAGAAACAAAAAAAAAAAACAAAAACGUGUGCCUUGGCCA